UGGAGCUGCAAGUACAGAAGAUGGUUAUGUGUUUUCUAUGUGUUUCCAUGCUCGGGUUUGUGUGUAAAGCACAGUUUAGUGACAUCUCUCAGCCUGACUCUUUCCAAGCUGUGAAACUAGGAGACAAAGUUAUUAUCUCAUGUUUUAUUUCUAAUUCUGCAAGAAACAGAGUGUGGUACAAACUGACCACUGAAAGGAAACUGCAGUUGGUGGCCUCAGUAGAUACAAUGUUUAAUGAGAUAAAAUUUGAAAAGCAGUUUCGUCAUUUUUCAGCAAUAUCUUACAGCACCAGUAGUCACCUGAUUAUAUCUAGGACUGCAAGGGAGGACACUGGCACAUACUACUGUGGAGUGAUGAAACUACAAGACGUUCAGUUUGGACGAGGGACCUUUCUGAUGAUAAAAGGUGCAAAGAUGAACAGUGACUAUGUCGUCAAGCAGCCACAGUCUCAUUCAGCCCAGUCAGGAGACUCUGUGACUCUGAGAUGUUCUGUGCAGUUUUAUCAGUGCGAUGCAGAACACACUAGUGUCACAUGGCUGAAAAACUCUGAUCAUUCAGCUCCUGAAAUGAUUUACACAUCUGGAAAUCACAACAGCAGCUGCCACACGGUCUCUGGAGAAUCUACCUGUGUGUACAACCUUCGCAUGAGGAACCUCAGCUAUGAAGAUGCUGGAGUCUACCACUGCGUUGUUACUGCAUGUGGACAAAUACUGUUUGGAAAUGGAACCAGGAUUAAAAUCCACAGAGAUGCUGCCCUCAGCAAAUCACUUGAUCUGAGCCCAGGUGUUACUGCACUGAUUCUAUCAAACGUCAUCUUUGGUGUGGUGACACUUGUGCUUGUAUGGAAGCUUUGCAAGAACCACAAGAAAGUUGCUGCAGCCUCAUCCAGAUGCAUCAAUGAGUCUCUAGAAGACAAUCAAAAUACAGAUCCAGUUAUUUAUGCAGCGGUGACUUCUGCUCCCAGAAUCUCCUCCUGCCGAUCAGCUCCAGUUAAACACGACACAGACAUGGUGAUUUAUUCUGGUGUUAAGUACAGUCAGCGAGACUGACAGGACAUCCAUCCAUCUAUCCAUCUAUCUAUCUAUAGAUAGAAUAUUGAUAGAACAAUCACUUUUCUAUCUUUGACAUUUGCUUCCAGUGUUCAAAGCUAAAAGUAGCAUCACACUUUUUUGCUUUUUUUUAAAUUUUAUGUUUAUUUUAACCAUUGUAUUAAAUUGAAUUCUUCUGUAUUGGUGCCAAACUUAAACUCACAGAUUAGAUGCAAUAAAGCAAAAAAAAAUCAAAUUUUACAUGUGCAUUUUAUGAUAAUGGUCUUAAUGCUGUGCGUGACGUGUUUCUGUAAAUCUGGAAUUCACGUGGCAAAAACUAGAAAGAAGUGAAUAGAAAUUUACUUAAAAUUGAUUGAAAUCUCUCAUAUCUGACUCUUAAUUUUCUCUACGUUUACAAAUGUAGCACAAAAAUGCUAGAUUUGUAAAUAAUGAAGAAAAUUAAGCUUAAUCUCAACUAAUUAGAAUUUUUAAAAAGAGAAAAAAAAUAUCCACUCUCUACAGACAAAGUAAAGUUAUUAAUCAAUAGAACAAAAUAAAAACAGAUUGGGAAAAAAAUUACCAUGUUUAUUUUUUGCUCAUCAACACUAUGAUUGUAAAUGAACCGACAUAUAUGCCUAGAAAAUGUGGUGACAAUGACUUCAAAAGACAAAACAGAGACAAACACAACAGCUUUAUGCUGUUGGGGCUAUUUUGAUUUUGGAUAUAAAUAUAUUUGAUCUAGAAACAAACAUUUUCAGAAAUGAAGUUGCUGAAAUUAACUGAAUAUUUCCUGAACUAAUAUAUGUGUCGAUUUCAGUGAAAGACAUGAA